AUGAGCUACUUAUCAAGCACCGUCUGUUUUGUUGGUCUAUUUAUGGUCCUGUCCCUGUUGACCAUACUGGCAUUUGUGGGCAAUGUGUUCGUGGUUAUCUCAGUGUACAAGUGUGCCCGUCUACGAGCGCAGUUCUGUUUUCACUUUCUUACUGGACUGGCGAUUGCGGAUAUCUGUGUGACAAUUCUCGUCAUGCCGUGGUCCAUGCUCUAUGUGGGAUUGGGCUAUUGGCCGCUUGGGUCGGCAUUGUGCAAAGUUUGGCUGUCGUUCGAUGUGCUGUGUUGUACUGCAUCCAUAUUGCAUCUGUGUCUAGUUGCUUUAGAUCGAUACAUGGCUAUCGCUUAUCCAUUGCGUUACGCAGUUCUAGUCAAUGCGCUGCGAAUUCGAUUGAGUAUGCUUGCGGUGUGGUUCAUCAGUGCUCUGAUAUCUUUCAUACCAAUUCACAUGGGGUGGAAUGAAGCGGAUUGGUAUCGAACAGUACAUUUGAAUAACUAUAUAUCGAUUGACGCUAACAGUACCACAAGCAACAGCGUACGCAAUAGUACCACCACCACCGUCAGCACCACCGACAGCAAUCAAACUGCAAUCAGUUCACCACUGACUGAAAAGCCCGAGUGUGAUUUGAAAGUGAAUAUACCCUAUGCAAUCGUCUCAUCAUGCACGUCGUUUUACAUUCCAUUUUUUGUAUUCUGUAUUCUCUACGGUCGGAUAUUGUGUAUAGCACACACUCAGGCACUUCAGGUACGACGAAUUCGUGUUCGAUCGUUUCGGGAGUCACGAAGAAUCGGUGACUACCAGAAUGGUCAGUUCACCAGAAACACACAGUCCGCUCUGGUUCUGUCCAACAUCGGGGUACGACAUUGGUCGGACCUCAUGGACGAGAAAUCUUUCACAAUGACCAAUCAGUCUGAACCGGUUACGGCAAACUUUGAAUUCACAAGACGAAAACGAAGCAAUAAUGGCCAAUCGACGAGGUGUUAUUCAGCCGUGCAAGAGUCGCGUGGAUCUCGACUUCUAUUCGCCUUUCGACCGUCAUUACAGCGAUCAACUACUUCGUCAAUGAAAACGGAACUGAAGGCGAUCAAGACUAUUGGUCUGCUACUAGGAUGCUUUAUGAUCUGUUGGUUACCAUUCUUUUUGGCCUAUGUAAUUCGUGCAAUGUGUGAACAACAUUGUAUAUAUCCACAUUGGUUGAUGAGUAUGCUCACGUGGAUCGGAUACGCAAACAGUGCCGCGAAUCCAGUGUUAUACGCGUUUUUACAAAAAGAUUUUCGGAUGGCUGUGUGGUCAAUGCUUACUAGUCAUUCACAUUCAGGACUGAACAGCUUCCGAAAGUGCAGUUUCCUACAGGCGGAUGACAAAGUGUUUGGGGAAGUUCACGGGAAUGUGUUACAUCAUCGCCGUAUUGCAUCUGCCAUUGAACUGCAUGUAAAAGCCCAGCCACGUACGGAUCGCGCUGCGUCCUCGCAUAAUCUGUCUUUUAGCACCAAUAAGCACUCGCCAUAG